AAUGCUGCAGGUUCACAGAAGAUAACACUGCAUGAGCAGGUCAUGGGCUUGGAUAAUGGUGGAAAGCUGGCGAUUGACAUUGAUUCACAUUCACCCACCAUGGUAUUGAGGGAGUCUGAUGACCACAGGGCAUGUCAAACUAAGGAUACCAGAGAUCAACCUAAUAAGGAGGCACAGUGCACUCAACUAGGCUCCCAUUCUGUGCAGAGACAGGUGGGAAGUGGGAAGCGUGGGAGCUACUGUGGUGCCAUCGGUGUCAGCAAGAAGUCCCAGCACGAGUCAUCAUCUAAAUCCUCCCCAGUUUGUUUGAGCAAACAGGGACAACAGCCAAUGUUCACAAAAGAACAGGUGCAAGAGAUGAUUAAUCAAGCCCUGCAAGGGUUAAAUGAAGCUUGGGAGAAGAAAUUUUUGUCCUUGGAGCAAAAGAUGCCCAGCAUGUCCUCAUCACACAUCGUCCCUAAUGGUGUGAAGGAGCCCUCAUUGGCUGUUGGAAGAAGCAAAUGUUGCAAACUGGCACGGCAGUGGCGGACCCAGCUUUUGGUCAAGACUAGGCCAAAAUUCAGCGUCAAAACUACCACAUACAAGCUUUUAUCAUGGUCUUGUAUGUAAAAUGUGCAAGAUUUCUACCACAUAUGUAACACAGAAGUAGCAGUAUGAAGUAAAGAAAGAAGAAACAAAGACAGGAACAAAA